AUGUCAUCGGCGCCCGUGCUCUUGGACGCCGUCUCUCCCCGCACGCGUCCUGCGGCUGACAGCUCGCUGCCGCCGCCCCGUAAGGCACCAGUCACGAGAACCGGCGUCCCGGAUGGCGGCCUUCGCGCCUGGCUGGUAGUCUUGGGCAGCUUCAUGGCGCUCUUGACCUCUCUCGGUCUCCUGAACUCGCUCGACGUCUUUCAAGACUACUACAGAAACAAAUGGCUAGAUGAUUCCAAUUUCGAGUGGAUCUAG